GAAGAUCCUCAAUUUCAUAAGCUCAAUUCAAGCUUCAUCCACCAACCGCGAUUCUUGUGAGCUUCUCGUUCCCGUUCACUCCGAGACAACAAACACACCGCAAUGUCACAAAUCCCACUCGUAGCCGUGCCAGGCCAACUUCUCGGCUCCAGCAGCGAAUAUCUUCCAGGGCCAGGCACACAUAUCCAUUCCUCGAAUCUCUACGCCUCGAUCCUUGGACCCAUCAAAACAGUAGCACCGCCCAAGCCGAGCUAUCCCCAGAAACGAGCCACGAAGAUUACGCCUGCGGCACCCGUGCCUCUCUCUACUAUCUCUAUUGAAAGAGCUACUCUUACUGGAGACAAGGCGGAGAUUUUACCCGAAGUGAACAGCACAGUUUUAUGUCGCGUUACAAGAAUUACUCCACGACAGGCAACAGUUGCGAUAUUAGUUGUAGGCGAAACGGUUUUGGAGGGCGAAUGGCAGGGCUUGAUCAGAGUGCAAGAUGUGAGGGCUACGGAGAAGGACAAGGUCAAGAUUUUUGAGAGUUUUAGACCAGGGGAUAUUGUGAGAGCUGUAGUGAUCUCAUUAGGUGAUCAAUCGAAUUAUUACCUCAGCACGGCGAAGAAUGAGUUAGGAGUUAUUAUGGCGACGAGUGAGGCUGGCAAUGCAAUGUAUCCGGUCAGUUGGAAGGAAUACAAGGAUCCGGAAACGGGAGCGAGUGAGAGUAGAAAAGUUGCGAAACCAUUUUAGAUUGCGGGAGAGGGGCAGCAGGUCUUUUGGCAACUGUUGUAUGUAUAAGCAUAGCGUAUGGCGUCGAGGCGUUCGUGGAUAUAAGGAUAUAAGGAUAUACCAAUUCACACAAAGUUUAUGAUCUGGUGUUUCGUGUUCGCUGUCUGGUGCUUCUAUUCUGCUGGGUGAAGAAAAGUGGUAUACAUGAAUUUGCUGGGCAGUAAAUGGGUGGGCGCAAAGAAGAUAUACUAGUAGCUGAAUUUUCCUCCUCA